UUGAAAUAAGAGUGAGGAAGAGAGACGAAACUGAGAGAAGGCGGCCCCCCAACACGAAAACCGAUUUCAUUUUGAGAGUAAGAAGGAGGCGGUGGACAUGGAGAAUUCUCACAACCGUGGAGGAGGAUCCACCGAAACAAGAGAAACGAGUUUCGAUGUGUGUUUGAGCUUCAGAGGAUCAGAUACUCGCCGCGGCUCUGUGGAUCAUCUCUACCGUAGCCUCCACCAAGCGGGGAUCCGCGUGUUCACGGAUGAAGAGAGUCUCACCCCGGGAGAGAGUUUUGAGCAGUCGCUUACCGCGAUCAGGCAUUUCACGAUCGCCAUUCCGAUCCUGUCAGAGAACUAUGCGUCGAGCACAAGGUGCCUCCGAGAGCUGGCUGUGAUUGUGGAUUGCCACAGGACGAUGGGCCUGCUCAUCAUGCCCGUCUUCCUCGACGUCACGCCAUCAGUCGUGAGGGACAGAUCCCACGUUUAUGCCGGGGCUUUCGCCGCGCAUAGAUGGAGAAGAGAAAACACAAACACCCUCCGGGAAUGGGAGGAAGCUCUCAUCCGUGUGGGAUCCAUCCCAGGGCUGGAGAGUGAUGGCCCACGCACACAUGCUUCAAUCAUCGAAGUACUUGUCGCAAAUGUGUUGAGGGUAUUGAACAGAUACUUCGUUGGCAUCGAGCAUCAUGUGGAAAGAGUUAUGAAAUUACUAAAUAUGGAAUCUAGCGAAGUUCGUGGAGUUGGAAUACAUGGCAUAGGGGGCACCGGGAAGACAACAAUUGGAAAGUUAAUUUACAAAAGAAUAUUUCGUCUCUUUGAUGGCUGUAGCUUUCUGGAAAGCGUUACAGAAAAUGCCAAAAAACCCGGAGGCUUAGUAAAUUUGCGACGUCAGUUGAUUUCUGACCUUCUAGGUAAAAUGCAUGGACAAAUUGAUUCUGUUGAUGAUGGGAUUAGAUCCAUCAGAAGCAGAUUCUUUCACAAGAAAGUUCUCAUUGUUCUCGAUGAUAUUGAACCAAGCUUUGGACUUACAUCAAUUUUAGGAAAUCUUGAUUGGUUAGGCUCUGGAAGCAGGAUCGUAAUUACCACCAGAGAUGAACGAGCUUCAAAUGAGUUUAAAGUGUUCCUG